UCCCUCGUCGUUGCUGUCGGUGACGGUGGCACAGAUGGGCGCGACUGCUCUCAGCUGAGCCGCCGAUCCAGCUGCGCCAGCGGUCACCUCAUGCCGCGUGGAUCCGGACGGCCGCGGCUGGAAGCGCAUCCUGCGAAUGAGCCUCGGCUCUCAGACGCGACACCAUGCUCCCCCGUCACCUGCGAACAGGCGGGUCUGACCUGCCGGGGGCGGAGUCUGACCAAGUGCCUCUGAUUGGCUACCGGCCCCUAACGCCGGACAACGGCGCCGCGAGCAACCAAUCAGGACGGGAGAGCGGCGCCGACCCGCUGGAGACUGCACAGGCUGAGCCGUCUCCGAUGAAGACCACCUGGUACUGCCCUCUGGAUCUGUCCACCGUGGUGGAGGAGGAGGAGGAUGGAGUGAUCUACACAGUGGUGGUCAAGCAGCAGCAUGGAGGCCCAACCAGCCCCUUCUCCAGCGUCUCACGCUCGCAGUGCGUCAAAGCGGGGACAGAGGAGAAGCUUGUGCUGCACCUGCUGCACUCCUUCUCUAUGGGAGACUCGUCCUUCGUCACCAUCUUCCUCUCCACCUAUCGGUCGUUCACGUCCACGGAGAGAGUGCUGGACAUCCUCACAGACAGGUUGGAGAACCCACCGGGCGAGAGCGAGAAGAGUCAGACCAGACAAUCCUUCAACAAAGCCGUGUGCACCGUGUUCAGGACGUGGCUGAUGGAAUACCCGGAGGAUUUCAGGACUCUGAGGGAGCCGUCCCGUCUCCUGCGCCUGGCGCCCCUUCUGCCCCAGGACUCCUCCUCUGCAGCCGACCUCCGCUCGAAGGUGCUGGCGAUAGCGGAGGAGCUGAGUGAGAGAGCGCUGCUCCCCGACGCCCACAAAGGUGCGUCUCUUUCAGACGAAGGCUUCUCCAGCCCUCCACCCGACGCCUCCAAGUUCGAAGCCGCCACCAUCCUGGGAUUUCCUGCAGCGCUGAUCGCUGAGCAGCUCACGAAGAUCGAGAUGGAGCUAUUUGUCCGCCUGGUCCCCUACCACUGCCUCGGCUCGCUGUGGUCUCAGAGGGACAAGAAAGGCAGAGAGGGCGUCUGCUGGUCCGUCCGGGCCACGGUCCGUCAGUUCAACAAGCUGGCCAACGCCGUCAUGGCGUCCUGCCUGUGGAACAGAGCGCUGCGAAGCCAGCAGAGGGCGCGGCUGCUGGAGAAGUGGAUCAGCGUGGCCGAGGAGUGCAGAGCGAGGAAGAACUUCUCCUCGCUGUUCGCCAUCGUGUCGGCGCUGCAGAGCAACCCCAUCCACCGGCUGAGGAGGACGUGGCAGGACACCGACAGGGAGGCGAUGAGGAGGUACGAAGAGCUGUCCCAGAUCUUCUCAGAGAAGGACAACUACUUCCAGAGCAGGGAGCUGCUGAAGGAGGAGGGCACGUCAAAAUUUGCCAACAUUGACAACAAGCUCAACAACAAACAUGUUAAUAAGUCCAACGCCCAGGGCACGGUGCCGUACCUGGGGAUCUUCCUCAAAGACCUCACCAUGCUGGACACAGCGGUCAAAGACCGGCUGGAUAAUGGCUACAUCAACUUUGACAAGAGGAGAAGGGAAUUUGAGGUCUUGGCUCAAAUCCGUCUGCUGCAGUCGUCCUGCAAGAACUGUGUGUUCAGCAGCGACGAGGCCUUCAGGCAGUGGUACCACAGCGUGCCCACGCUGAGGGAGGAGGAGAGUUACAGGCUGUCCAGUGACAUCGAGGCUCCCAGCGAGCCGAGCCCCCGCUCCAACCCCCCCACCGUCAUCAUCACGCAGUGCCCGAGUCUGAGCUCCUCCCGGAUCAGCCUGGCCGGCGACGCCGACAGCCACGCCGACGUGCACUCUCCCGUCAAUAACCUGCUCUCCAAGCUCACCAAGCACAUGAGGUCUCCGUCUGUGUCCUGCCUGGAUGUGGACACGUCUCCUCCUCCCGCCGACUCCACACCCGCCGUUUUGACUCCAUCCACUCCCACAAAGUCCCACCGGCGGUCGGCCUCCUGCGGCAACAACCCCCUCAACAAUAACGUCCAGGGCUCCACAGCUGACAUGCGGAUCAUCAGGAUCCGGAUGGACCUGCACGACGGCAACCUGUACCGGAGCAUCCUGGUUACGAGCAACGACAAGACCCCCACUGUGAUCAGCUCCGCCUUAGAAAAGCACAGUCAGGACCCCAAGCAGGCGUCCAGAUAUGAGCUGAUCCAGCUUCUGCCAGAAGGAAAAGAGCUGGUCAUCCCCGCGACGGGAAACGUCUUCUACGCCAUGACGUCGUCGAGCGUGGACUUCCUGGUGAAGAAGAAGGGAGGAGGCGCUGCUCUCGGCCUUCACGCCGUCAGCACGGAGACCAGCGCCACGUUCCCCAGAGUCAAGGCCAAGCCCAAGAGGCUGGUCAGGGCCUUAUUUUGACACGGGCUUCUUCUUCGUGUGAAUCACAAACUCUCAAAACAAGAACUGCCUUCAUUCCAGUCUGCUAAAACCUCCGUUUGACCAAAACGCCGAGACCAAGUUUGUGGGACAUUCCGCUGUCACUGCUGCUGAAGAACAGAGUCCCGCGUCCUCUUCUUCCAAACGUAUGCACUCGAUUCUCGCCCAGAGGAACCUGGGACCCUCUUUGGUGCUGGCUGUCGAGUCCUCGCCACUUUCGGCCUGUUGCUGUUGUCGUUGUGUGCCUCAGUCUUGAGUGAUCCUUGACUCAACCUGCUUCUGUGAUCGCCCACAAUGCCAUAAAAGAAUUUACGACUGUUUGGCACGAAGCAUGAAAGAACUCCAAAUGCCUGCUUCCAUUAGUUAGACGCUUUAAAGGUCGUACAGCAUUGUAGCAAAACACUGGAGCUUCUCAACAUAUAGAUGUUUGUAUAUAAUAAUAUAUUUUGUAAGCAAGUAUGUGUUUACACUGGGGAGGAGCUUGACAUCCAUGUGUCCAAACCGUCAUGUUCAUGACUCAUGUUUAUUUAAUGAGCUUAUGGCUGCAUUAACCUUUUUAAUAUUAUUAUUAUUUGUAUUGUGGCCAUCAGCUCUGAGUCUGUGUUGAUGGAUUGGUUUUGGUUCUACAGCUGGGGCAUGUGGCCUUACAGCUGUUCAGCAAAAGCAGAUGUUCCGCUCCAGGAAAAGCAGACUUAAACCUAAAGGAGCGAGCUUUCAAUCUAUUGAAUUCAGCAUGCAAACUUCUAACUACAGAUGAUUGAUUCUCCUUCAGCAGCUGUGAACCAAAUCUAUUUCUGAGGCAAUUCCCUGUUACACAGCUGGUUUCGAUGUAUUUAUUUUCCCUGGUGACUAAAAACGAUUAUGUGGCUUUAAAACCACCAACUGCUGUUUCAUUCCAGUUCAUCACACUAGAACCAAUGCAGUAAACAAGAAGAAUCACGGAAACAUGCCACGAGCUCACAGAUCUGAACUUUUAACCCGAGCGUAAGCGGCUGAGCCUCGCCGCUGUUGAUGAUGUCUCCGCUCUGAAUCCUUCACACAAUCACUUCAGUGUGAAUAUGAAACGUCCAACCUCAACGUUGACCCAAGUCCUAUGACCUCUGAUUGACCUCUGAAUGACCUGCUCGGCGCUGGUGAGGCCUCUUUACUGGCCGAGGCCUGAGCGCGGUCGAAGCGCUUCGAACCGGGGGGAGGAUUGUGGGUAAUAACAGAUGACGCGAGCUAGCUUCAUGCUAAGCUCCGGAUUGUUUUAGUGCCUUUCUCUGCAGGGUGCUCACCUCUUCCCAUGUUUGCAUUAGAAUGUAUUGAGUGAACAUAGAGGACAUGCAGUCACCAACAGUGCUGCGUAGCCUCACAUCAAAGCUAUUUAUGCACUACAUACAGGAUGUCCUAUUUUUGUGGUAAUAAAUUGACUUUUAUAUGAA